AUGGGCAUCGUGAAAUUCGAUGAUACACCUAGUGCAGAAAACCCGUUACCUAAUCAUGGGGAUAAGGGUAUAAAUGCCAUAAUCGAGAGUUCAGGGAAGAAAAUUAAGAUGAAUGUUGCAGAAGUGAAUACUCCACUAAAAGAAGUAUGGAAGAAAAUGGUGAAAAAAGGGUUGGUAACACAGAAUUCAGGGGACAGACACCAAGGAGCAAAAAGUUAUUGCGAGUUCCAUAAUCAAGAGGACCAUGAGAUUCAGAAAUGCCGCAAAUUCAGGGCUCUAGUACAAGGGUUAAUGGAUAAUAAGGAGCUGGAAUUCUUCGAGUAUGCUAGGAGCCCAGAAAGAACAGACGUGUGUGCUUCAGAGGAAGGGUCGACAAGAAACGCUUGUAAAAUCAACCACCCAUUGGUUAUCAUAUCACGCUUAAGAACUAAUGAAGACGGGACACAAGUCACACCCAAAGUCGUGAUCCAGAAGCCCGUUGCUUUCCCUUAUAAAGAUAGCAAGAGGGUACCAUGGAAUUACAGCCGCAAUGUGACGAUCCCAGGAAAGAAGAGCCUGGCCAGUGCUUCACAACAAAACCAAGAUGUAGGUUUUUUUACACGCAGUGGGAGACGUUAUGUUCUUGAGGGUACAGGAACCAAAAUUGCCGAAGAAAGAAUCCCAACAGUUGAGCAAAGGAAAGAAAAGACAGUCGGGUUCGAAUCGCCAGUCAAUGAGUCUGUAACCGAGAAUGAAGCCAGGGAAUUCUUAAAAUUUUUAAAACACAGUGAGUACAGCGUCAUGGAACAGUUACAUAAGCAACCGGCUCGCAUUUCGGUGCUAGCUUUACUUUUGAGCUCAGAAACGCAUCGGAGCGCGUUAAUGAAAGUGCUGAAUGAAACAUACGUCGCGCAUGACAUCUCUGUCAACAAACUGGACCGCCUGGUCAACAAUAUCAGCGCCGACAAUUUUAUUUUCUUUAACGACAACGAAAUACCACCAGGAGGUAUGGGGUCCACAAAGGCCCUGCACAUUACCAAGCGUUACAAGGGAUACACAUUACCGGGUGUAUUGAUCGAUAAUGGAUCAGCACUAAACGUCUUACCCCUAUCCACACUGAAUAAGUUGCCCGUGGAUAGUUCCCAUAUGAAAACAUGCCAAAAUGUAGUAAGGGCGUUUGACGGUACUGAAAGGAAAGUAAUGGGGAGGAUUGAAUUAUCCCUUCAAAUCGGUCCUAGCACGUACGAGGUAGACUUCUUAGUAAUGGACAUCAAACCCUCUUACAAUUGCCUAUUGGGAAGACCAUGGAUCCACUCGGCGAGGCGAUCGUCAUCAUUACAUCAGAAGCUCAAACUUAUAACGGAGGGUCGAUUGGUGACUAUAAAUGCAGAGGAAGACAUCAUUGCAUCUGUUACCAGCAACGCACCAUAUGUGAGAACAGAUGAUGAAGCCAUAGAAUGUUCUUUUCGAUCGUUGGAGUUUGUAAAUGCGACCUUUGUUGUCGAAGGAAAUAAAGUCCCGACACCCAGACUUUCUAAAACCACAAGAAUGGGACUACAACUACUAGUUGGGAAGGGAGCCUUGCCAGGGAAAGGACUUGGAAGAAGCCUACAAGGAAGGGUCAAAGUGCCUAUGCUCACAGACAAACGGGACCGCUUUGGCUUAGGAUUCACGCCAGAUACAAGACAAAAGAAAGAGGAGCAAGAGAAGAAACAAGAAAGGAGAAGAGCACGUUUGAACGGGGAAGAGGUUAAAUAG